AUGAUUUUAUAUCGUACAAAUGAUAGUGAAAUCAUUCUUAAAUCCGUAGAAAGUUUUGUUUUUCAUGUUGGUCAUUGUCGAUUUGCAAAUGCACCUAUUUAUUCUCAACAUACAACUGGAGAUAAACAUAAGUUUGAAAGAAUUUUUCGACUUCAUCAAAUAUUAGUUGCAACAUGUUUUGGUCCAAUAACUUAUCCACUAGUAUCUGUUUUAGCAUUUAAACAAUAUUCUAAUGACAUUGUAGAACGUUUAGAUUCUCUUGUUGAUGACAUAUCAAAAUUGUGUCUACAAAUAAAAUAUAAUGAUCCAUUACAACCAAGUUCAGAACAAAUAGUUAAAAUAACUCCUGAACAGUAUUCAAAUCGAGUUAAAUUAAAAAUGGAUGAUUAUGAAGAUUAUUGA